CAGAGUAGUAGUAGUAGUACGAGUCGUCGUUGUGAAUCGACCGUCUUCACUGUAAUUAUGAAUGGGCACAUGUGUAUACGUCAACCACGUGGUACCACAUCUCUGUAUCCAUCGAUAAUGGCGAUACCGUGACGACUUUCCGCAUUCGCAAAUGACUCGAAGAAUGUUGAUAUGCAAUCGAAGAAAUAUCUGCAGUUAACAUUGGCGAUACUUAAGCCACACAUAGUCAAAUCUCCUUUCGCUCUUCAGAAGAUUCGUGAUUUAAUAAUCGACAAUAAUUUCAAAGUUGUCAGAUCGCGCAGGGUGACGAUGCCACGCGAGGAGGCCGAGCUGUUUUAUAAGGAGCACAGAGACAAGUUCUUUUACAAUCGUCUUGUGACUUUUAUGUGCAGCGGCCCAUCCGACAUUCAUAUCCUGGCUGCCCAUGAUGCUGUCGCAAAGUGGCGACAGUUGAUGGGUCCUACUAAGUCCUAUCAAGCCCAAUAUAAUGCACCGGACACCAUCAGAGGCACGUUUGGUCUGUCGGAUACUAGGAAUGCAACACAUGGAUCUGAUUCAACAGAAUCAGCCGAAAGAGAGAUUGCAAUAUUCUUUAAAGACUUUGAUACGAAGAAGUGGUAUGACAGCGAAGAGAUAUUUUUUAAUUUUGGAAGAUUGCAUUUUGAUCCAAUAUCCUUCGUCCAUACUAUUGACAAGAGUUACUUAGAAAAGCAGAAUGAACAUAUUGAAGAAUAGUCAGUAUUGUUAAUUUAUUAAAUAAAAUAUAUUACUUAUUUUUAUAAUAA